AUGCAUAACUCUAAGGCCUGGAUAACGAAAGCCCUGACCCUCGAAUGGUUCCUCCGUUGCUUCAUUCCCCAGGUGAAGCUGUAUCUGGCUCAGAAGGGCCUCCCUUUUAAGGUCCUUCUCUUGAUGGACUGUGCAGGAGGCCAUGCAACAGACCUGCAAAAUGAUGGUGUUCAGAUCGAGUUUCUGCUCCCUAACACCACAUCUCUAAUUCAGCCGAUGGAUCAAGGUGUCAUUCGUGCCUUUAAGGCACUCUACACUCAUUCCACGAUGGAGGGCCUCAUCGUGGCAGUUGACGAUGACGACGAAGGCUUCACCUUGAAAAAGUACUGGCGUAACUAUGACAUUGUGUCAUGCUUGACUAAUAUCCAGCAAGCAUUGAAGGACCUGAAAACUGAGACCAUAAAUUCUUGCUGGAAGAAAUUAUGGCCUAACAUGGUGCAUGACUAUGCAGGGUUCACUCCCGAUGAAGUUCAUCACUCGGCGGUGGAGAAGGCGGUGAGGCUGGCUCACAUCAUCAGGGAUGAAGGGUUCGUCGACAUGACGGAAGAAGACAUCAACGGCCUUAUUGAUGCCCACUCAGACCCACUAAUAGACGAAGACCUCCUUGAGAUGACGAAGUCUGCAAGUGAAGAAGAAAGCGAUGAAGAGCAAGAUGAAGAAAUUGAAGAGCAUGGCCUUACCCUGGAGAACCUGCAACAAUUGUGCAACAUGGCAAGGGCAAUGCAACGAUUUGCACAAGACAUCGACGAUAAUUUGGUUCGAGCUGUCAAGUUUAGCAACCGUGUUGACGGGGUUAUGUCCUAG